AUGUCCCUGAUCACAUCCGUGAAGAAGCGCCUGCGAGUGGAAACCUUCCCCAAUUCCGACGCCAGGUCUUACGUCCCAGACAGUUAUAAAGGCACGGUGGAAAAGCCUGCCCUGCGAAGGGAAACCAGCUUUGAGAAGAUCCUUGCCAGGCAUUCCCAGCAUCACCUGUCAGUGUGCCAAGUGUUUGAGAGCACCUGCAGGGCUCAUAAAACCACGCUGGGAGAAAUCCAGGUGGGACCUUGUAUCACAACCUUAAGGACAGAGACCAAAACCACAGACACUGUGUGUACUACUCAGGAAAUAGUGCAGGAUGGGAGAGGUGCUGCAAAAAUCCUGAGCUUGCCAACAGCAGGAAGCAACUCAGAAAGACUUGGUGGCUGGAGAAAUCAAGACAUGCGUUCUAGUGUGAUGAAAAUUUCCUUGGAAGAAGAGACUGAGCCUUUAGGAAUGGAAAUAAACGAUGAAAAUGGUGGUUUCAGCACAGGGCAAAACAGGAGUCAGAGCACGACUUCAGAGAGCUCUUGGUGCAAGCUGUCAAAAUCCAGUUACUCUUCCAGCUGGGAGGAUCUAAACUGUAAUAGCAGCAGAGAGUCCCCUAGGGAAGGGCAGCAGCAGGAGAAGGGCUCAGCAGAGGAGCGAUGCUGCACCACGGAAUCUGAUGGAAACGGUCAAGCCACAUCCUUGCUCUCGUUGCCUCCCAGAGCCUGGAAUCCUGCUCCUCGGGAACCUCUCCAUAGCUGUGAGGGAUCUCCUCAGCCUUCCUUGGAGGGAGGUGCUCCUCGAGCUGGCAGGAGGGUGGAGAAGGCGUCUCUUUGUGGAGACGAACUGCGGGAGGGAAGACACUGUGGAAAGAGAUCUCCACAAAAGAAAGCAAAGGACCCGAGUGAUGCAUUUCCUUCCCUCUCCACCUCUUACUGCAUUCCUACCAGGCUGGAGGAGGAGGAGAAGUCCUCCUCCUGUGCACAGCUGGGCUGCAGGACCAAGGACAGUGGCAGGGAGGGAGGCGGCGGCCGCUUUGAGCGGGUCCACCCAGGAGAACCCACAGGAAGCACGGAGGAUCCCUUGUGUGAGACACAUCCCCCCCAAAAUGGGGGCAAUUCUGCGCUGUCAAUGAUCACUGAGCCCAAACCAGGCAGCAGCUCCUCUGUGCGUGACUGGAUGAGGAAACCUGCCACGGUGGGGGACAGAUGCCGCCAAGUGCCUGAGGUUGACACCCAAGCAGAAACGAUUGAUGACACAGAGUUUGAUUUCCUCAGUGUUGGAGACUUAGUGAACAGUUAUCCCACGGCAUCUGCUCCAAAGCAUCAAGCAGCUCCCAGUGUGCCAACAGCUUUGCCCUUGCAGGGCAAGAUAUCCGUAAGCAAGCACUUUGACUGUGCCACUACGGAAGGAGAUGAGGAAAAGUCUCAGGACGUGGUGAGCAGCAGGAGACAAUCCAGGUCACCUCUGAGUUCAUGGAUCAAAUCAGCACAGACGCCCACGAGUUCCCCUGAGGUUCCUUUUCUGACCCCAAGGGGAAGUUUUGCCCUCACACCUGGGAGAACGAAGGAAGAAAUCCUGGAGGCUCGGUUUCUGAGGGAUGACGAUUACAAGCAGCUUCUGGCAGGGGUGGAACAUAAUUGGAUUGUCCAGAGACUGAUGCCUACUGGGAUUUUUAGGACCAAAGAACUUUGUAAAGCGUACUCUGCUCUUCUUUUAAAAUACUCCAAGAAAUCCGGCCUGUGGACGGGCCAAGAGACCGCCGUGUUCAUCGGGGACUACCUGAACGUGGCAAAGGAAGGCAAGCAGAGAAGUGCCUUCUGGAUACACUUCCUGCACCAGGAAGAAAUCCUGGGAAGGUAUGUUGGGAAGGAGUAUAAAGAAGAAAAAGGGCUCCUCCAUCACUUCAGUGACGUGGAGCGACAAAUGACCGCCCAGUACUACGUGACAGAGUUCAACAAGAGGCUGUAUGAGCAAAAGGUCCCUACCCAAAUCUUUUAUAUCCCAUCUGCAGUACUCCUGAUACUGGAAGACAGAACUAUAAAAGGGUGUGUGAGUGUGGAGCCCUACAUCCUCGGGGAGUUUGUGAAGCUGUCCAACAACACCAAGGUGGUAAAGACUGAGUACAAAGCCACAGAGUACGGUCUGGCUUAUGGCCACUUCUGCUAUGAGUUCUCCAGGGGAACAGAUGUUGUCGUCGACCUACAGGGCUGGGUGACAGGAAAUGGGAAGGGCCUCAUCUACCUCACAGACCCCCAGAUUCAUUCUCUUAAUGGCAAAGAUGUUUCCCGCUCCAACUUUGGGAAGAGAGGAAUUUAUUACUUCUUUAAUGACCAGCACGUGGAGUGCAACGAGAUCUGUCGCAGCCUGUCUUUGACAAGGCCCUCGCUGGAGCUGCUGGCAUAGACUCUCACAGGCUUGGGCACGAUUUCAGAGGUAUCAGGCACUCUGUCUUCACCCGGGGCUUGGAUACUGGAAAUCAUGGAUUAAUGUGCCCCAAACCCUCAUUGCCUGAAGAACUUGGACACACGCGUGGCCCCAAACGCACAGAGCUUAAAUUAUUGUUUCAUAUUUCUGAUAUAAAUAUGGGAAUAUUGGGGGAAAUAAAUAGUUGACUCUGAUGAUGGAGAAUUUAAUAUUUUGGCUGGAAGUUUCGUCUUAGAGCUACUGACCAAAAAAAUUACUGCUUUGUUAUUUUCUCUGGUUUCAGAAUAAAGUAAUUUGAACUAACCUGACACUUA